UAUUCAGUUGCUGGCCACUACAAGGCCAUUGGCCAGCCAGGUGCCAGCCCAACAGUCUCCGCUGCUGGCCCUGGGCGUCAACACCUUUGACCUGCUGACCCAGCUGGCGAGGGGGGCGUACACCCCUCACUACAGCCUGCAGUCACCCGCCUCACUUGUGCCUUCCUGAAGGAGGCAGGGCAGCCACCAAGCCUGUGGUUGGCUCACAGGAAGCCCCCAGAGCAUAAAAAUGAUGAUGCAGGGGCAUCAUUGCAGCCCUAGAGAGGAAGAGGAACAUGGCUGAAGACUUGGUUAAAAGAUUAGUCAAAUAUAGGAUUGAAACAGAUCUUUAAAGUGUUCACAGCAAUUCGGCUUUCAUUUGUAAACAAAGAGCAGACAGCUAGGAAGAUGACACCAGCAGCGGCAGGCGGCGACAGGCGGUGUGACACCGGAGGUGUGACUUGUGCUGCGUGUCACGCAACCAAACUCAAGUGGAACAUGCACUGUUACAUGUACCAGAUUAUCGGACACGCCCAACAAGUCUGGCGCCAUUCGUAAAGCAACAAAACUGCUUGUCUUGAAAGAAAGUCCAGUGACAGAGACAACCUUGGCCAGUGUUGUGUUCGCUUCCUGACAGGGCGGGGAUUGUGACCAGGAAUUUGUCCAGCUUCCUCUUUGCCUUGGAAAGUGCAUUCCUGGCUGAGUGUGGUGCGUGUGCCUGCAACUUGUGUGGUGGUGCUGCUGCUGCGUGAAGCCUCUGCCGUGGGAACCCACCACAAAUAGCUAAUGGAUUCUGUAUGACGGGAUCAGCAGCAGACAGAAUUCCAGUGAUGUAUUAACAUGCCUAGUGACACAGAUGUACCCGCCCGCCCUCAAGCAGAAGGGAAUCCUUAUUGAGGAUGUGGCAGUCAAGAAGGUGACAGAGAAUGGGUACUCCCUGGAAUUCCAGACCACAAACUGCAAGACUGGAAUGCCCCUCCUUGGGCUCCUGCAGGUGGAAGGUCCUCCAGCAAGCUUUGACACUCAGGUGAGUCACAUGCUCCUCUCAGACUGCCACGGGUCCCCUCGCUGGCACCUGGGACCUCGGAAUUCAGGGGCAGGUUGUAAAAGACAUUCCAGCAGGUGUUGACCCAAAGGUCCUGGAGGGCAUUCUGGAAAGUGCCCUGGGAACUGAUCUCACAGUCCAGUACUCCGGCUCCUGCAAGAACUACCACUACUACAUUGAGUGGGAGGAAGAUCCCGGCAGAAAGGAGCUGGUGGAGAUACACACAGAUAACCUGAUGUUUGAUGGAACUCUAAAAACCAAGAUCAUUCGUGACUCAGCCGGAGUCCUUUGGCACAGCCCUCUUGAGACAGACUUUGUGACCACUCAUAGGGACUCUCCUCAUGUGACAGUACAAGUGAAUGGUUACUUUGGUGCAUGUCUUGGUGCCUGUGCCUUCACCUACGAUGAUGCCACCACUCCCAUGCUGACUGGCGUCUCCGGCACUGCAGGCGAGGGGCUGCAGCACACCCUCACCCUGAGUGGCAUGGCCAUCACUACCACCCAGCUCACCUGCACUGUAGCACUGUGGGGCGGCUUGCAUUCAGUGGCACUCAGCAUGCAGCCGGCUGGCUCGGCACUGCUCCCCUCCCCCAUCAUCUACAUGGUGCCAGUCACCGUGGUUGCACUCAGCAUCACGGAGGGCAGCACUGGUGGACAGUAUCCUCUCACUGUGACUGGCACUGGCUUCCCAGACAGUGAUGGGUGGGAGGCUGGCAGUGCCAUUAUGACUCUGGGUGGCAAGAAGUGUGUGGUUAUCUCUGGUGGACCCACAAAGGUCACCUGCACAGUGCCUGCUGGUGAUGUGAACUUCCUGUUGACCCUCAAAUCAAUGAUGACCAUCUGCUGCCAUCAGCAAGCAUUACGGGUGCAAGCUCUGCUUCAAAUAACAGGAAGUCUUCUUCUAGUAGUGACUCGUCCUCUAGUAGUGACUCGUCUUCUAGCAGUGAAUCAUCUUCUAGCAGUGACUCAGAAACUGAAGAUAUUGACACAGAUGAUUCCGUGAAAGAUAAGGACUAUAUCCCAAGCAAAGAGGAAGAAGAGAGUUUUAACCUUGAAGAGAAGGACGCAGUUGAUAAAAUUCCUGUACUAGUUAGUCCGCAAAAGGGACGUAAACGUAAACAGCACCUGAGUCAAUGGAAGAAACAUAAAGCAAAAAAAUUAAGGAACUCUGGAAAGGCUUAUAUAAGCAAAAAUAAGAAAAUAAAACCAGAAAGGAAAAUGAAACUGCCAUGUGGAAAUAAAUGUCGAAUUAAAUGUUCAGAACAGAUAAAUGAAGAAGAAAGGCAAAAACUCUUUGACUCUUAUUGGGCAUUAGGAGACAUUGCUCAACAGUGGCAGUUCAUUUCAAACUGCAUUAAAACUGUUAGACCUAAAUACAGGUAUGUUCAUGAGGGAGGCAACCGUCAACCUAGGAACAAUAACAGUUCCUUUCACUUCAUGGUUGGUCAGAAUGAAAUUCGUGUUUGCAAACUUUUUUUCAAGAACACACUUGAUAUCAAUGACCGGCCAAUAAGAACAGCUUUAGCAAAGCAAAGCAGAGUUGCUAAUGUUCUUAUGGAACCUGAUAAGAGAGGCCAACAUGGUAAUUAAGUAACUGUUGAUCCUGAAAUUAGGAAAGGUGUCAAGGCACAUAUUGAGUCUAUCCCUCAGAUAGAGAGUCACUAUACAAGAGCUACAUCAAGUAGGACAUUCAUAUGCGGCUCUAAAACAAUUGCAGAAAUUCACCGCGAUUAUGUUGAGAAGUCCAAACAACAAAAGGUACCUUAUGCCAAUUACACUCUGUUUUAUCGCAUUUUUACCACAGAGUAUAAUAUUUCUUUUUUUGUUCCUAAAAAGGACCAAUGCGAUGUUUGUUCAUCUUAUCUUAAUGCGGAGAAUGAAGAGAAAGAGCGCCUUCAAGGAAGCUAUGGAAAUCACCACAAAGAAAAAGACAUGUCAAGAAAUGAAAAACAUAAAGAUAAAACUGAGAGUGAUGCAGUUGUUGCUGUUUAUGACCUUCAGGCUGUAAUGCAGAUACCAAAAGGGGACAUUUCAGUUUUUUAUUACAAGUCAAAGCUGAAUGUUUUAAAUUUUACUAUUUACAAUGCUAAAACAAACUCAUGUAAUUGCUAUGUCUGGAAUGAAACUAAUGGCCAACGUGGGGUUAAUGAAAUUGGGACCUGCGUUCUCGAUUACAUUAAAACCUUGUGUGAGGCAGGAGAAACUGACAUAAUUUUUUACUCAGAUAACUGUUCUGGCCAACAGAAAAAUAAGUUCAUGAUGGCACUUUACCUUUAUGCAGUAAACAACUUACCAAAUAUAACUUCAAUAACACACAAGUUUCUAAUAAAAGGGCAUACCCAAAAUGAGGGUGACUCUGCCCAUUCCCUAAUUGAAAGAGAAGUAAAGAGAAUUUUAAAAAGUGAACCCAUUUAUGUGCCGGAAACUUACGUAAUGGCAAUUCGAACUGCUAGAAAGAAAGGACAGCCUUUCGUAGUAAAAGAGCUUUGUUACAAAGAUUUCUUGAACAUCAAGUCUCUAGCUACUGAAAUGGGACCUAUCAAUUGCAAGACUCUUCAACUCUCUGAUGUUAAAGUAAUGAAAUUUGAAAAGCAGUCACCACUGUCAGUUUUUUGUAAACAUUCCUAUGGUUCAGACUAUAAGGAGCUUAAAAUUUUGAAAAACUCAAAUAAAGCCACCUCCAUUAAUGACUUACUGCCAUGUUACUCCAGCAAACUUACAUUGCCUGCUAACAAGAAAAAAGACUUGAUGGACCUUUGUAAUAAAAAUCUGAUUCCACAAUGCCAUCAUAAAUUUUAUGAAGACCUGUAAAUGAAAUCAAUCUUAAUGAAAUGAGUUAAAAUACAAAUUUAGUAUGCCUAUUACAAUAUUAAGUUUUGUUGUAUGCUAAUUCAUUAGGUACAUAUUAUUUGAAUGGAAUAUUAAAUAGAUGUUUAUUUUAUAAUGUUUUUUUUAUUAUACAGUCCAUCUUUCAUUUAUUUGAACAUUUUUGAGUUGUCUAAUUCCUUAGGCAUAUUUGAAAGAAAUUAUAAUUAGGAAGAAUCUAUUAGGUUCAUAAGGAUUUUUUUAUUUGAAAAAAAUGAUAAUUAGGAAGAAUCUAUUAU